UCCAGGGUCAAACUGUGUCUGCUAUAAAACCGUACAGGCAAACAUUUUAACAGUAAAUCUUAAUUCCCUGCUGUGGGGAUCCAAAGAGGGGCAUUUUAAGCAGACAGAGGGCAAGAGAAGGUGUCUAAUUUCUCCUCAUCUUCGGUGGGUCCACCAUCUGAGGUCCCCAGCUGUCCCCAACAGUCAAGUUUGACACAUGAGCGCUCAGUUUGGCAUUCACGUAAACACUCAUUCAAACACCAUCGUACAUCGUCUGCCAAUAUACAGGCAACCUUACUCACACUUGGACCUGGAAAUCAGGGUGGAAAAUCUCCUAAAGGGACAAGAAUAGAGAGCGUUAACGCUGACAAAGUGUCCUGAGGUGGGUCAACUGGGUUGACGGACUUAGACCCCCACCCCCUCUCCUGAAGGACUGAUCUAGCACCCGCUUUUCACAUAAAAGAGGUGGAACAGUCGUGACAGUGACAACACAACCAUGGACCAGGAGGAUGACAAAAAUUCUGUGGACAUCCAUGACAACCCUCCGGCCCCUGACAAUGUGGUGAGGGAGGACGGCGAUACGGUCUACUUCAUAUAUGAAGAAGAAGUGGAGGUGGAGGAAAAGGAACCGGAACCUCCCCCACCUGUGGUCCGUGUCAAUGACAAACCUCACAAGUUCAAGGACCACUACUGCAAGAAACCCAAGUUCUGUGACGUCUGCGCUCGCAUGAUCGUUUUGAACAACAAGUUUGCUCUGAGGUGUAAAAACUGCAAGACCAACAUCCACCAUUCAUGUCAGUCCUAUGUUGAGUUCCAGAAAUGCUUUGGUAAAAUACCCCCCGGCUUCAGACGGGCCUACAGCUCUCCUCUGUAUGGCAGUGACCAACCAGAUCCAAACAAUCCCAACAGGAACGACCCUGUCUUUGACACACUGAGAGUGGGCGUCAUCAUGGCCAACAAGGAGCGCAAAAAGAAUGAAAAUGACAAAAAAAAUAUGCUCAUGAUGAUGGAGGAGGAGGAAGAUGAAAAUCAACAGCCUAAAGAGAAUGAGGAUGGAGGAGAAGGGAAGCCUGAAGAAAAGAAGGAAAAAGGAGGAGAAAAAGCAGAUGAAAAAACCAAAGGAACCUUCUCCCAGUCACACUACUACCUGGCCCUCUACCGCUUCAAAGCCAUAGAAAAGGAUGAUCUUGACUUUCACCCUGGUGAUCGCAUCACAGUGCUGGAUGACUCCAAUGAAGAGUGGUGGAGGGGUAAAAUGGGGGAGAAGAGUGGCUAUUUCCCCACCAACUACCUCAUUAAAGUGCGUGCCUCUGAGAGGGUUUACAAGGUGACGCGCUCUUUUGUCGGGAACAGAGAAAUGGGACAAAUCACACUGAAAAAAGAUCAGAUUGUGGUGAAGAAAGGGGAUGAGAAAGGUGGUUACUUGAAGGUCAGCACUGGACGCAAGCUGGGGUACUUCCCCUUUAAUCUGCUACAAGAGAUCACUGUGACCUAAAAAAUAAUAAUAAAAAAACACUUCAAUAGUAUAGGUCAAAAGAUAUCAUACUGUCUGACUUGAUGUGGUAAAGUAUUACUUUUAUCAUUUCUACAACUCCACCAAAAAGCCUUCUAAUAUGUGGAAAAAUGUAUACUGACAUACCAUGUAUACCAUAGCUUUUGUUGUCACUAAUGGUGUUUGCUAUUAACAAAACGCAGGGUAAGUUUUCGACUAUAAAAAGUCCGAAUGUUGACAAUUAUUUCAUAUGGUGGUGUUUGUUGGCGUCUGUAAAAGUAGCACCACUGCUACCUGCUGGACUAGGACAGAAUCACAAUGUAAAAUGCUUUC